UGCUUAUUUGCUUAAACCAUGGGGCAUCGGCUAUUCUCUCUUCUUUUCAACUUUCACCACCCAUGUAUGUAAAUGAUUGAAAAACUUGCCUAAAUACCGCCUGAGAAAGUUUCUUCAGGUGAAUACAGACACAGACUCUACUCGUCGUCGUUAAUGGCGACUGGUUGGGUCAAAUCAUUGCAAUGCAAAUCAAAAGCUUUCGAAGAUGUCUACCACCCAAACCCCAAAAACCUUAACCACCUUCUCCCCGGUUCCAGUUGCAGAAAGAGCGUCCAAAACCUCAAAGACGUAGUCGAAACCACCAAGAAGAAGCACAGAAAAACAAAUCCACCGUCGCCUGUACAACCCAGUUCGAAACAAACGCGACCAGCAAAAAAUGACAACGGUUCGUACACAACGAACCGAGUCCGACGCUCUACCUCAUCCCGAUAUGCACGAACACCGGACCCUUUCUUUCCUUCCCUGACAGAGCUGACCGAAGAACACCCAUCCCGCAACAUUGUAGAGAUAAUCUUCCACACGAGUUGGUCACCUAAGGCAUUUUCGGGUCGAAUCGAGAUGAUCUUCAAGGUUCAAAACCUGCCCAAGACUCUUUCAAGGUUUGAAGAUUACAGAGAGGUUGUGAAAGCUCGUGCUAGUUCCCGUAGCGCGGGCAGCAACAGCAGCGGCAAUAGCAUGGAGGAGGAUGUGAGAUGCAUCGCAGACGGUAACGAAAUGAUGAGAUUUUACUGCUUGGGCCCUACCUCCGGUGGACUCUAUGACGCCAGUGGUAUGUGCCUGUUUUCCGGGAAAGAAACGGCAAUUUGUACGUUUUCCGGCAGCGGUGGGGCGCACGAGUGCGCCGGUGGAGGGAAGGGCAGGAGAGCUAUGUUGGUAUGCCGAGUCAUUGCGGGUAGAGUAUGCAAGCGACUUGGACUUGAGUCGUUGUUGGAAGGCCGAGUUGGAUUUGACUCGGUAAGUGGGGAAAAUGGUGAGCUGCUCGUAUUUGAUUCCAGGGCGGUAUUGCCUUGUUUUCUGAUCAUCUAUAAACUUUAAAAGACAAAAAAAUACAAGAAAAAUGUUCUUGCAUUUCUUAACUCUAUCUUUCUUUCUCUCUCUCUUUGUUUUAAUCGUUGGAUUGUAAGAAGAUUGAGUUGAUAAAUGCUUCAACAUUCAACAUUUGGUACUUCACUAUUUUACUUUGUAUCUCUCUCUCUCUCUCUCUGUGUGUAUAUCUGGACAUCUGGUUUUCCGUUUUGUUUGUUAUGUUUGGCCUUUGAAUAGUGUCUUAAGGCCUGUAGUUUAUCAAAGCCAGAACCAUGAAUACAUGAUAUCCAUGUAUAUCUCUAUCCAAAGCGGAUUUCCUGCCCACUGGGGUGGGGCCACUACUCUCUGUCUCCUUCAACUUCAAAUUACAUAUUUUUAGUUCC